AUGCCCGACGCUGGCGACAAUUCUGACAACUCAAGCAUCAUCAGCGUCACUACUCCUCCGUCCGAUAUCCUACGCACCUACACCGCCAUUGAUCCUCCACGACUACCUCAUUUCACCAUCAUCAACGGACAAUCGCAUGCAACAGACUGGCACCAGCACUCCUGGCGCUACACCGCACGCAGAGACCCCAACGGCAUAGGCUUCGAAGUCCGCCAACUCGACAUCGAUGCAUUCGACGGCUACGAAGUACCCGAGUGGAACAACAUGUUCUACUGGCCUCCUCAAUACAACCUUGGUCCUCCAACAGACGACGCGGAUUGGCAUGGUAUAAUCGCCAAAUGGGGUUUUCCUGUACUGGAGAAAGCUGGUUUUCUCAACUAUUAUCCUGCUGAUGGGGAUGACUAUGCAGAACCUAUUGGAAGAAUGGCGAGAGUGAGGAACCCAGGUGCAGAUGACGAUAAACGUAUUCAUCCUGUGUUUCGACGGGAUAUGUGGUGUGGUAUCGAUGAGGAGGAAUAUCAGCUGCUGGAGCCGGCUUUACUUCUGGCAAGUGCAUUGCUGGAUGACCCAGGCACGUUGGCGUUCUUUUACGCCAUUUCGGAUUUGAAAUCGAUGACUGAGUUCGAAGAUGAAGUACAUGGAAAGUGUAGAGUUGCGACUGUGCCUGCGGUCUUGAGUAACGCACAGGAAACGGAAGUCUACCGAAAGAUACUUGCCAUGCGAGAUUGGUUGGAAUGGAAGUUUGCGCCUCUGCCCGAGAUGGUGAAAAUCAAUGCUAUGGCGUUAACUGAUUGGCGGGACGACAAACACGGCAACAGACUUGAGGCAUCGAACGAGUAA